AUGAAAGAGCUGAAGAAGGAGAGGGAUGAUAAGCUCAGAGCAAUGAAGAAGGAGGCGGAGAAGAGAAGGGAAAAGUCCAAGGAGGCUCGGGACCGUGCCGACCGGCAACUGCAAGCACAUUGCGAAGAGCUUCGGCAAGAGCUGAAAGAGGCUGAUGAUCGAGUGGCAAAAUGCCUUGCCGACAUCCGGCAGGCACAUGACGAUUCCAUCGAGUCCAAACAGGUGAAGGGCAUCGAAGCCCGGAAACAGAAGGCCGCGUUCGAAGACAUGUUGCUGCGCAAGCGUGAGGACAUGCACGACGAAAUAGAGGAGAAGCACUUGAGGAAACGCCAGUUGCUUGAAGAGCUGUUGGGCCAGAGGGUCUCCAACAAGGAGGCAAUGCUCCACAAGGAGAUGCAGUGUCGGCAACGAGUGGCCGAGUACCUCGCAACGCAGCAGGCAGAGAACGAAAAGAAGUAUGGCGAAGCCCUCGAACGGCAUAGCAAGGCAGAAGACUUCAGAAACGAUCGGCUGAAGGAGAGAUUGAAAGAGUUCAAGACAGCGAAUAGCAAGAAGCGGCAGGCUUUUGUCUCCAGGUAUGAGAGGCUGCUAGUCGAGAAGGAGAAGGAACAUGAAGAAUUCAGAAGAAACUGGGAGUCCAGGAGCCUGCAGCGCUCGGCCUCGGAGACGCUUCGGCGAAAGGAACGGCCGGAACUCCUCCGAGCCCGUGAGGAUGCAGAGCAUUUCGCCGCGCUGGCGGCCGAAAACCGGGAGCGCCUGCGGCGCGCGAAUGCCUAUGCCGUGGACCAGCAGAUCGAGAAGCUCCUCGCGAUCCGACAGAGGGCACAGGUCCUGGAGGACAGCAAGGCGGAUGCCGAUCGGCGGCGCAUGGUUGUUCUGCGGAACACGGCUGUCACAAAGCAUGAGUUGCAGAGCAAGGUUGAUCGCUUCAAGGACGUAGGGGUCGACAAGAUGAUCAAGCUGCUGGAGGAUGUCGAGAUCGAACCCGAGGCGGCGAAGAGGAUCAACGACAUCCUUUCGGAGCUCCAGCUGCCACCACUGGGUGGCUAUUCCCAAGAGGAUGAGAAGUAG